AUGUUUUCUUCAUCAAUACGUAUCCUACGAAGCAGUUGGCGCCUAUCAAACACACCAGUGGUCUUCAAACAUACCUUGGAUUAUUCCCGUGUGCCUAAGAUACAAGAGCAUGAAUUAUCUGAGCAGUUUGUCAGGGGAAGUGGUCCAGGAGGGUCUGCUGUGAACAAAAAUGCUAAUUGUGUUGUCCUGACACAUCUGCCUACAGGUACAGUUGUAAAAUGUCAUUUAAGUAGAUGCCAAGAUGAAAACAGGAAAUUGGCUCGAGAAAUGUUGAUUGAAAAAUUGGAUGAGACCUUAAAUGGAGAACAAAGUGUAGCUGCUCAGAGGAAAAGAUUUGAAGAAAAGAAAUAUAAGAGGAAUGAAUAUAAAAAGAAAAAAAUGAGGCAACUUAAGAAUGAAUGGAAGAAACGGGAAGGACUUGUGUAGGGUUCAGAUGUAGUGUUGUAAAAUAAAAUGAGUGCCUUUAGUUAAAAAUAAUAGAUCAUAUUUCUUUUAUUCUAAA